CAGCGGCAGGCAGUUUAGUGCUGUGAUCGUGACUCCAGCACAAGGCGGCACAAACGUGUGUGUGUGUCUGCUGUAGUCUGUGUGCGCGCGCGCGAACGCUGGUUCUAGCAGAAGAAGCAGCAGCAGUUGUAGCAUAGCAUAGCAUAGCGGCAAGCCAGCCAGCAGUGGCACAGUUUUGUUGUAGAAGAAUCGACAGAGCCCACUGCAGUUUUCUAGUACACACAUACACACACCACUCCACACAGCUAUUGUAAAUUCUCGACGAGUCGUGUACGCGAGCCGUGCUUGCUUUUCUGGACUUGGAUUUUGUGUGUGUUGUGUUGUUCACCCCAUUUGCUCCUGGAUAUUGUUGUUUCUGUUUCUGUGACGCAAUAAACGUGGGAACUGCCUGAAGUAAGUUUGACUCACACGAGAACCCGAUGUGUUAACUAAGCACUCUUGAGUCAUGACGCUUCGAGACUCGCAUCCUCAGCCCAGCCGAUAGUGCCAUGUAAUUCUCGCACGCAGUACGCGGAACGUUUCCAGUGAUCACACUCGACAAAAACAAAAACAUCAACAACAACUACAACACCGACAGCAGCAGCGACAACAACUACAACAAUGGACGUCGCACAACGCUCUUCGUUCGUUUCCUCCAGCAUGAGGCGGAGAUCUGCGCUCACCUCUGACCUGUUGAACUUCCACUUGUUGUUUACUUUGGUCCUGUUGUUGAACACCUUUGGCCUCGGCCGGGGAUCCGAGUCGGUGAGAACGUGCGAACCAAUCAGUUUCAACAUGUGUAAGGACCUCGGCUACAACGUCACGGGCAUGCCCAAUCUGGUCAACCAUUUGGACCAGGCGGACGCUGUCCUCAAGCUUCAGACGUACACUCCCCUCAUCCAAUAUGGCUGCUCGAGCCGCCUGAAGUUCUUCCUCUGCUCCGUCUACGUACCCAUGUGUACCGAGAAGGUCAUGACCCCCAUCGGACCGUGCAGACCCUUGUGCGAGAGUGUCCGAGACCGCUGCAAACCGGUUCUGCACGAGUUCGGAUAUCCGUGGCCGGCGGACCUCAACUGUACGAAAUUCCCUUCAGAGAACAACCACAUGCACAUGUGUAUGGAAGGACCGGAUGACGACGAGGACGACCGGCACACGGUACCGCCCAUCCGGCGUCCGAGCCGGCCCGAGCACACCACAGACGCCAACAGCAGACAGCUCCCCCCAAGAGUAGGCUCUGGUGGUCAUCGUGUGGUCAACCGCCCGGGAGAUCUGCCCGGCUACAGAGGCAGCGGGGUGAAACCCCCGAGUAACGUUCCCAAACAGAACUUCCUCCCAUGCGUCCAGCUCGGGUAUCGCCACCCGAUGAAGUACACGUUCAUCAACCGCACGGAGCGGUGCGCCAUGCUGUGCGACCAAGACGACGCGUUCACGGAGGACAACAAGUACUUCGCCAACGUCUGGAUGGCGGUCUGGGCCGGCCUGUGCUUUGUCUCCACCCUCUUCACCAUCCUCACCUUCCUCAUCGACUCACAGCGCUUCCGCUACCCGGAACGACCCAUAAUCCUGAUGGCGAUGUGCUACAAUAUCUACAGUAUCGCCUACAUCGUCAGGCUCAUCGCCGGACGGGACGACAUCGCCUGCGACCACGAGAGCCAGAGCGGACUCAACAUCCUCAUCCAAGAGGGUCUGGAGAACACUGACUGCGCCAUCGUGUUCCUCCUUCUCUACUUCUUCGGCACGGCCAGCGCCCUGUGGUGGGUGGUUCUCACCUUCACCUGGUUCCUGGCGGCCGGUCUCAAAUGGGGUCACGAGGCGAUCCAGGUCCACAGCAGCUACUUCCACCUGGCCGCCUGGGCCAUCCCGGCCGUGAAGACCAUCGUCAUCCUGGUCAUGCGUGACGUGGACGCCGACGAGCUGACCGGAAUCUGUUACGUGGGCAACCAGAACACCUCCACCUUAAUGGGCUUUGCUAUCGUCCCCCUCAUCGCCUACCUCGUCCUCGGCUCGUCUUUCCUGAUCGCCGGCUCCGUGUCCCUCGUCAAGGCUCGACGCACGGCCCAGGCGGACAAGGCCCCCAGCAGUAGCGGAAGUAGUGGCGUCACCAGCAGCAGCACAGCGGCGGCCGCCCGGGAGGACAAGCUGCACGUACUCAUGGUGAGGAUCGGGAUCUUUUCUGUCUUCUACACCGUGCCGGCCGUCUGUGUGAUCAGCUGCCUGCUCUACGAGUACGCCUCCAGAGACGGCUGGUACUUGGGAGGCACCUCCUCCACCUCCUCUUCUUCCUCCUCCCCCUCCUCCUCUUCCUCCUCCUCCUCCUCGCCCGUCAUUGGCGUGUUCAUGCUCAAAGUGUUCAUGACUCUGGUAGUGGGCAUCACCUCGGGUAUCUGGGUCUGCUCCACCAAGACCCUGGGCUCCUGGAGAACACACAUCAACCGUUUCUUCGGACCUCGCCGGGACAGGAAGGGCAUCGAAUACACCGUGCACGUGCACCAGUACCAGCAGGUUCCGGUCAAGGCCAUCACAGGAACCUCGUCCUCCUCCAGGGCUAUCCGCAGUGAGAAAUCCAAACGUGGCAAGUCGGACAGCGAGACCAUCGUCUGAGCGACCUGUUGCUGUUCUCUCACACUGAGGAGUCAUUACAGUCCUCAUCGUACACAGGGUUGCAAGCUGUGAGCCUCGCUCGCUUUCUUCUCUCACUCUCUCACUCCCUCAAUAAAGUGAAGAGUGAUUGUUCUCCCACUUUCUCAACAAAGUGAAGAGUGAUUGUUCUCUCACUCUCUCAACAAAGUGAAGAGUGAUGACUUGAACCUCGAAUCCCCUGCACACGGGGGCACACGAGGUCUGAACCUCAUCCUACAAAAUGGAAACAAGGUCUGAACCUGACAUCCUUCCCCCGUGUCGGGGAUGUGGGGUCUCAACAGUCCCCACCACACGUGGGAAUCCCCUCAUCGUCACCAUUGAUGACCCGAUCAACAUGGACAAGGAUACGUUGCAGAAUUCUUCCUCCUACCCCUUUCAGCUUUAAUUAAUUGUGCCGGGCUGCGGUCACACACUCAGGACCGGAACCACAGCUUCCGGAAGUGAAAUUCUUGUGAGUAUUGAAUCGACGAUCCGUGGCAGGCAAAAUAACUCCAGUGGCAGGCAGUGAAAAUCCAUUAUAAUAUAGGGCAGUGAGAUAUAAUUCCUGUGAUAGGAGCAGCGUCAAGUCUGGACCUCGUCAUGUCGUGUGUGUCUGUGUCUGUGUGUACAGUGGCAGCUUUUGUUGCUCACUCACACAGCCCGCCCGCCCGCCCCCUGCAGGGUGAACCACGUCAUGAACGUGUCACUGCCGCCCCCCUUGCCUGCCACGGGUACAGUUCUGUGAGUAGAGUCCGCCGUCAGCAUUCAGGGAAAUGAUACACACGCUGAGUGAGUCGUUGUCCACAUAUAGGUGAGAAACAUUUAUCAAACACACGUAUUAUUAUUAUUAUGAUGAUGAUGCACAAUAGCGUUAUUUCGACAGCAAAGGACAGAACAGUUUUAUGACAGAAUAAGUCUGAGUACUUUAGAAAAAAUGAUAACUUAAAUUUUUUUUUUGAAAAACGCCAUUCAUCUAUUUUUAAGCUCCAUUCAUUCCCUCCUCUUCCGCUGCACCCCCUCACACUUCCUCCCUAUAUUUUUCUCCCC